GAAGAAAACGACGACGGCGAAGAAGAAGAAGUGUCGUUUUUCAGACGACUAAACUCCUCCUCUGCACGCUCGCUCGGGCUGCGCUCUUCCACUUGAGCAGCCAACUUGUUAUCAGGACACAUUCUCCGGGGCUGCGAUGUGGAGGCGAAAAGCUCCACAUCAACGUAUCCCUAACUUUUAAUUUUUAUGCCCGUCGCGUUCAUUUUUUUUUUUACAACAAUCUAUUUUGACUUUUUUUUUCUCCCCCGUUUCUUUUUCUCGGAGGGAACACAGCCAGACGUUGGCACAAACUUCAGGAGCGCCAAACAUACUGGCGUUUUUUUUUUUUUUUUUUUUUUCUUCCAGGGAGGGGGGGCUGCAGCCAUUGUUUCCUCACACAUGGAUCUUGAGUGCAUUGAGUAAACCUCUCGCGGGCUCGGACUGCAGCAGUUUUCGUGGCCCCCGGGGCUCUACAUGAGGAGACGCACGCGCCUCCGAGGAGACAAACUUUGACAAGUUGUUGCAAAUUCCGUGGAUUAUUCUCGCCAUGGACGUCAGGACCGCGUCCAGAAGAUGAAAAACGGACAUUUUCUUGUAGUUCCUAGUGUGUCUCCACUGAGCCCUUUGGACGAUCUGAGUACAAGUGGUUUGUUCUAGCGGUUGCACACGUUUUUUUUUUUUUGGUGUGUUUGUUUGUUUUCUUUUUCUAUUUUGUUUUUCGCCUCCGGUCGAGCCACUUCACUGGUGUGCAAAAAUGCCUCAGCUGAACGGAGGCGGCGGGGACGAUUUGGGGGCAAAUGAUGAAAUGAUCUCUUUUAAAGACGAAGGGGAGCAGGAGGAAAAGAUUUCCGAAAACGUCUCGGCGGAGAGAGAUUUGGACGACGUGAAAUCCUCGCUGGUAAACGAGUCGGAAAACAACAGCAGCUCCUCGGACUCGGAGCAAGCGGAGAGGCGUCCCCAAACCAGAGCGGACUCGGAAAGUUAUGAGAAAGCAAGAGACUACUUUACUGAAGCACUGCGAAGACAGCACGAUGGAGGUUUCUUUAAGAGCCCCCACUACCCCAGCUAUCCGUUUCUCAUGAUCCCAGACCUCAGCAACCCCUACUUAUCCAACGGCUCGCUCUCUCCCGGUGCAAGAACAUACCUGCAGAUGAAAUGGCCCCUGUUGGACGUCCCCGGCUCUGCAGGACUCAAAGACUCCCGUUCCCCAACGCCGGGCCAUUUAUCAAAUAAAGUUCCUGUGGUGCAGCAUGCCCACCAUGUUCACCCGCUGACACCCCUCAUCACCUACAGCAAUGAACAUUUCUCCCCUGGCACGCCACCAUCACACCUCUCUCCGGAAAUACUUGACCCAAAGACAGGUAUUCCUCGGACACCCCACCCAUCGGAACUUUCUCCGUAUUACCCCUUGUCUCCCGGCGCAGUCGGUUCUAUUGCCCACCCGUUAGGCUGGCUCAUGCCACAGCAGGGCCAGCACAUGUACUCCAUCCCUCCUGGGGGGUUCCGUCACCCCUAUCCAGCACUCGCUAUGAAUGCAUCCAUGUCCAGCUUGGUGUCCAGUCGCUUCUCCCCUCACAUGGUGACUCCUCCACCUCACAGCCUCCACCAGACCGGCAUCCCCCAUCCUGCCAUCGUGUCGCCGGCCAUCAAGCAGGAGCCCAACAGCGACAACAGCAGCCCGUCGAUGCACGCCAGGAAAUCUCCCAUCCCUCCCAAGAAAGACGAGGACAAGAAGCCGCAUAUCAAAAAGCCUCUGAACGCUUUCAUGUUGUAUAUGAAGGAGAUGAGAGCCAAAGUAGUGGCAGAGUGCACUCUGAAGGAAAGCGCCGCCAUCAACCAGAUCCUUGGAAGACGGUGGCAUUCCCUGUCGAGAGAGGAACAAGCCAAAUACUACGAGCUGGCGAGGAAAGAGAGGCAACUCCACUCGCAGCUCUACCCUGGAUGGUCAGCGCGAGACAACUACGGAAAACGGAAAAAGAGGAAGCGGGACAAUAAACCCGACUCAAAACCAGAAGACUUCUCGAUAAGGAGCAAGAAACAGUGCGUUCAGUACCUGCCCUCCGAGAAGAUGUGCGACAGCCCGGCGUCGUCCCACGGAAGCAUGCUGGACUCGCCCGCCACGCCGUCCGCCGCGCUGGCCUCGCCGGCCGCCCCCGCCGCCACCCACUCGGAGCAGGCCCAGCCGCUGUCGCUCACCACUAAACCGGAGGGGCGCGUGCCCCACCACUUCUCCGUACUGGGGAAAGCUUCGGGGGGCACGUCCUCCUCGUUCUCCUCGUCGUCGUCCGUCUCCCAGCCGACCGUUUCCAUCCCGAUGGGCGCUUCGGGCGGCCAGCCGACGACGCCCAUCCUGAGCCGGCCGAUCCCCUUCGCGUCUCUGCACCCCUCCAUGCUCUCCCCCCCCUCGUCGUUCCAUCAGGCAGCCCUUCACUCCCACCAUGCCCUCUUCCAGUCACAGCCCUUGUCCUUGGUUACCAAACCAACUGAAUGAAUCUGCAAAAACUCCUUUUUUUCUACCAUUUAUUAAGCUGUAUAUUGCUUUCCUUUAAGAUAGGUAGUAGAGCCACCUUUUUUUUUUUCCUAAAUAAAGAAAAGGAAGAAAUAUUAUUGGUCAAUAUUUGACUGUUUUCCUUUUCUACGUCCCACAAUAAAACAAAAUGUAUUUUUUGUAAAGUUCACCGCCAACCGAUUUUGUUUUGACGCAUUUAUCCAAGUCAACCUCUUGUAUAAAAGAUCCAAUGUACAUACAGUUUCUUUAUAAAAACAAAAAUCAAACAAAAACAUAUUCUUUGUAGCCAAAAUCUGAUUAAUGUUAGCAUUGUUUUUUUUUUUUUUUUCCUCCUUGAGCUGGCCAAUAAUUUUUCAGCCCUGUUUUCAAUUCACGAGUGUGUGACCCUUCUUUGACAUGUUAAAUAAACAUUUGAAAUGGUUUCUUACG